CUGUUUCUUCCUUUUCCUGUGCCACAGAGUUAGAACUAGUGCCCUGCAAGGCAGGGGGCAGAGACAAAGGAGCAAGCCGAUGGAAAGACACUGUGGAAAGCAGCCAGAUGAAAUGAGGGCGAAAGCAGCUGUGUUACAUGCAGAGACCGGUCAGAAUGAAAAGCUGAGAUUCACGGAGCACUACAAUUCAGACAUUCCUUGGGUUUCAUUUUGAGAGCUUCUGCCGGAUUGGGGCCAUGGAGGGAAGUACGGGAUCAAGAUAAAAGACAGCAGCCAGGCUUUUCCUCUCUGGAGAUGGUUGUCAAAUCCAUCUCAAUCCUUUUCUCUCACCCCACCCCCACCUCGAGUAACUGGUGUCCUGGGCCUUUAAGAGUUGAAUGGGCUGGACUGAGAAAAGUGCUCCCACCUCAAACCACCCUACUCUUUUCCUUGGACUCUAAGGGAUUGUAACGCUGCCAGUCAGAACAGCAGACUGCAGUAGAAGAGGGAAGGAAGCAGGCGAGAGCAAAAGAGAAAAGGAGCCAGGCUGGGAUUUCUUACCUCACGGUGGAGAUCAACACAGAGCUCAGGUGGGCACAGCUCAUAGACACAAGACGGCUAUCCUGCCCAGUUUUUGCCCGGUGUCAACACUCCUUUUAAGAAGAACCUCUUAGCUAUCCAAGGCCAGGAGUGCUGACCCUAGCGACUUCUCAGAGGUGACUCUGGCGCCAGCUGGCGGACCAAUGAGUAAUGGCAUCCCUGAUACAAGACCGGCUGACCACUGAUCAGGACCUGCUGCAAAUGCAAGAAGGCACACUGAUGCGCAAGGUGAGAUCGAAAAGCUGGAAGAAGCCAAGAUACUUCAGACUUCAGAAUGAUGGCAUGACAGUCUGGCAUGCUCGUCAGGCUAGGGGCAGUGAAAAGCCCACCUUCUCAAUCUCCGAUGUGGAGACAGUGCGUAAAGGUCAUGAUUCUGAGUUGCUGCGCAGCCUGGCAGAUGAGUUCCCCCUGGAGCAGGGCUUCACCAUUGUCUUCCAUGGCCGCCGUCCCAACCUGGAUCUGAUUGCCAACAGUGUUGAGGAGGCCCAGAACUGGAUGCGAGGACUCCAGCUUUUGGUGGACCUUGUUACCAGCAUGGACCAAAAGGAGCGGCUGGACCAAUGGUUGAGUGAUUUGUUCCAGCGUGGAGACAAAAACCAAGAUGGUCGGAUGACUUUCGAAGAAGUUCGGCGGUUGUUGCGUCUGAUGAAUGUGGAAAUGGACCAAGAAUAUGCCUUUGGUCUUUUUCAGGAAGCAGACAUGUCCAAUUCUGGGACUCUAGAAGGAGAAGAAUUUGUAUAUUUCUAUCAGGCAUUGACAAAACGCACUGAGGUGCAUGAAAUGUUUGAACAAUUUUCUGAUGAUGGGCAGAAACUGACCCUGCUGGAAUUUGUGGAUUUCCUUCGAGAGGAGCAGAAAGAAAGAGAGCGAGCCUCUGACCUUGCUCUGGAACUCAUUGACCGCUAUGAGCCUUCAGAAAGUGGCAAACUGCGGCAUGUGCUGAGCUUGGAUGGCUUCCUCAGCUACCUCUGCUCAAAGGAUGGAGACAUCUUCAACCCGGCCUGCCUUCCCAUCUACCAGGAUAUGACUCAACCUCUGACCCACUACUUCAUUAACUCCUCUCACAAUACUUAUCUCGUUGGGGACCAACUUUGUGGCCAAAGCAGCGUCGAGGGAUAUAUACGGGCCCUGAAACGUGGGUGCCGCUGUGUGGAGGUAGAUGUAUGGGAUGGACCUAACGGGGAACCCAUUGUUUAUCACGGACACACCCUGACUUCCCGAAUCCUGUUCAAAGAUGUUGUGGCCACAGUUAAACAAUAUGCCUUCCAGGCAUCAGAAUAUCCACUCAUCUUGUCCCUGGAGAACCACUGCACCUGGGAGCAGCAGCUGACCAUGGUACGCCAUUUGACUGAGAUCCUGGACGAUCAGCUGCUGAGUUCCACCUUAGAUGGGCUGCUACCCACUCAGCUUCCCUCACCUGAGCAGCUUAAAGGGAAGAUCUUAGUGAAGGGGAAGAAGUUAGGAACACUUGAGGAUGAUCUUGAAGAUGAGGAAGAAGUGACAGAACCCCAGCUGGAGAGACAGCAGGGGACAGAACUGCCACUGGAGUCCCCCUCUGAGCCUGUGACACUGGAGCUGAGCCGCCUGAAUAAGGACAAAAAGAAGGUUGUGAUGUGCCCGCUGUUUUGUCCGCCUAUCUGUUGUCACAUUGUGGCCCAGGCUUCUAAUAUCAAUCUUGGGUCCCUUCUCUUGCUUGAGCAGAAAUCCAGGUCCGUCUUGUGUCCAGCCCUCUCUGACCUGGUUGUCUACCUGAAGUCUGUCUCAUUCCGCAGCUUCACCCAUUCAAAGGAGAACUACCACUUCUAUGAGAUAUCGUCCUUCUCUGAAACCAAGGCCAAAAGCCUUGUCAAGGAGGCUGGCAAUGAGUUUGUGCAGCACAAUGCCUGGCAGUUAAGCCGUGUGUAUCCCAGUGGUCUGAGGACAGACUCAUCCAACUACAACCCCCAGGAACUCUGGAAUGUAGGCUGCCAAAUGGUGGCUAUGAAUAUGCAGACUGCAGGGCUUGAAAUGGACAUCUGUGAUGGGCUCUUCCGCCAGAAUAGUGGCUGUGGCUAUGUGCUGAAGCCAGAUUUCCUGCGUGAUAUCCAGAGUUCCUUCAACCCGGAGAAACCCCUCAGUCCUUUCAAGGCCCAGACUCUUUUGGUCCAGGUUAUCAGUGGUCAGCAACUCCCCAAAGUGAACAACACCAAAGAGAGGUCCAUUGUGGACCCACUGGUGAGAGUGGAGAUCUAUGGCAUCCGUCCAGACACAACCUGCCAGGAGACCAACUAUGUGGAGAACAAUGGUUUUAAUCCCUACUGGGGUCAGACACUGUGCUUCCGGGUGCUGGUACCUGAACUUGCUAUGCUGCGUUUUGUGGUUCAGGAUUAUGACUGGAAAUCCCGAAAUGACUUUAUUGGUCAAUAUACCUUGCCAUGGACCUGCAUGAAACAAGGUUACCGCCACAUACACCUGCUCUCUAAAGAUGGCAUCAGCAUCCACCCAGCUUCCAUCUUUGUGUACAUCUGCAUCCGGGAAAUGGAAGAGCCUCAACCUGGGGAGUCUGAAUUCUGAGUCUAUGCUGGAGUUCCCUCCUUCCUCUUGCUGUAGGCUCAGUCCCAUACUCAGAUCUACCACUAAUCUCUCCCAUCAACUCUGGCGCAAAAGCAAAUUGCAACUAGAAACUCAGAGAGGAGCUUGGAGCAAAGAAACUUACAGAAGUAUUAUACCUUUAACUUCCUCAAAGCCCUGAGCCAAGGGAAGGAUAAAUCAAGGCUCCUCAGGCAAAGGCUGAGGAAGGAGACCUGACCCUAGGACUGUACCAUGUCUCUCCAGAGAACAGCACACAGCCAUGUCCCCACUGGGUUGCACCUCUCCAGCCCCCCUGGUGUUAAUAAAGCUU